AUGUACAGACGAUUUGCAUCGAAUAUAAUAACCCGCCGAGGAUCACUAGUCGCCCCAUCACCAGUCAGAAAAUCAAUAAUCACACCAGAAACUGUUGUAACAACAUUGCCCAGUGGUUUUCGAGUUGCCACACAAAAUGUUGGUGGACAAACAGCGACGAUUGGUGUUUGGAUAGAUGCUGGUUCUCGUUAUGAAAACGAUAAAAAUAAUGGAACCGCUCAUUUUCUGGAGCACAUGGCAUUCAAAGGCACACCAAGAAGAUCAAAGAGCUCGCUAGAAUUGGAAGUUGAGAAUAUUGGAUCGCAUUUGAAUGCAUAUACUUCUAGAGAACACACUACUUAUUAUGCAAAAUGUUUCAAUGAUAAAUUAGAUCAAUGUGAGUUUUAUUUUUAUUGUAUUUUGAAAUUGACCUGUUUUAAUUUUUGAAUUCAGCCGUGGACAUUCUUUCGGAUAUUUUAUUGAAUAGCAACCUGGACAAACGUGAUAUUGAAGCUGAGAGAGGUGUAAUUUUACGCGAAAUGGAAGAAGUUGAACAGAAUUUACAAGAAGUAGUUUUCGAUGAACUUCAUACUGGAAUAUUUCCCAAAAACGCACUUGGCUACACAAUUCUCGGACCCGUAAAUAACAUCAAUUCAAUCGCAAAAUCAGAUCUUCAAGAAUAUGUCAAAACACAUUAUCGAAGUGGAAGAAUGACUCUUGUUGGAACAGGAGGUGUGAGACAUGAUGAAGUUGUUCGACUUGCUGAAAAAUAUUUUGGUGGACUUCAACACGGCGAUUCGUCUUCUGAAUUUCAUCCAGCCAAAUAUGAGACUUGUGAACUUCAUAAAUUUGUUGAUCAAAUGCCACUUUGUUAUGGAGCAUUGGUUGUAGAAGGUGUUUCGUGGACACAUGAAGAUAAUUUAGCAUUGAUGGUGGCUAAUUCAGUGAGUCACUUUGGAAGGACAAGGGAUAUUUUUUGAGAAUCAGCUGAAAAUCGUUUACUUUUAAAUUUCAAAGAUAAAAUUUACGCUGAAAAAUAUAGAAAUUGUCUUCUGAUGAUCAAUGUACAGCCCCACAGUCUUUUUAUUCCAAAAAAUUCCCACAUUUUGCAGCUGAUUGGAGAAUUCGACAGAGCUCGUGGAUUCGGUGUAAAUGCUCCUUCCAGAUUAGCAAAUCGCCUUCAAAAUGUUCCCGAAAUCCAAUCUUUCCAAGCUUUCAACACUUGUUAUAAAGAAACCGGAAUAAUCGGAAUAUAUUUUGUUGUUGAACCAACAGCUUGUAGAAGUCUUGUUGAAGCAGUAAUUGAGGCAUGGAAAUAUUUGGCAACUGAAGUUGAUGCACAAACUCUUGAAAAGGGCAAAAAGACAUUGUUGACGAAUUUGGAAUUGAUGCUCGAUGGAUCGACGCCGAUUUGUGAGGAUAUUGGAAGACAAUUAUUGUGUUAUGGAAGAAAAAUUGAUUCGGAUGAGUUGGAGCAAAGGAUUAAUGUGAGUUAUUUGAAUUAUGUUAUGCGGACUUAUGUUAUGGAAAAAAUACAUGUUCACUUUUUUGUGAAACUUUUCGAUCGAUUGAUUUCAUUUAAAAUAUAUCAAAGGGGCAAGGUUGGGGAUCACUGGGUCCGAUUUUGUGAAGUUCUGAAAUGUCUAGUAAUUUUUAAAUGUAAUAUUACGACGAGAAACCUUUUUUACCUGAAGAUUAUUCUUCAAAAAUUCAGAAUUUCUGAAACUCAAAGUUUUUUUUUCGCAGGCCAUCACAAUCGAUCGAUUCCGCGAAGUUGCCGAAAAAAUCUUCAUGCGCGGAAAAAUCUCCACAUCAAUUGUCGGUGCCACAAAAUCGAUGCCGAAAAAUCGAGAAAUUCAAGAUUUAUUACGGGUGUAG